UGAUCAAUAUGAUACUUUCAGAUACUACGUGCCGGUGUACUUGGCCACGCCCACGUCUUUGCCGAGGCUCACAGGCGAGAGUAUUGACGGCCACAAGACAUAUCGCCCUUUUUCAGUAAAAAAAUAAUAUUAUGUUUAACGGUAUAGACAUGGAAAUUAGAGCGCCGUGGGGCGCUUUUUUGCGAGAAACUAGGUAGCAGAAAGUUACUGGUAUUCAGGUUAUCACUAUUACCGGAAGGCAACAUGUUCCGACAGAGACGUUAAAAGGAAGGAGGACUGUCUGCAUACCGGUAGUUGCUUCCGCCUUUCGGAUGCGUACUCCAUGCGUCACAGCUUUGCAUUCCUCCAGACAGCGCUGGUACUCCUUUUUACAAUCCAUACAGCUGUAGAUGGGCUCUAUGGCUCAAGUACUUCAUGGAUAGACGCAGCCUUGCCUGGCUGUGUGGAAGUCCUAUCCAACGCAACGCUCCCUUGGUGCAAUGGAAGCGGGAGCGAAGAGGGGAGGAGGAGGCUAAUAGCUGCCGCAUGGAAAUGCAACAACUUGCUCGAAGCCAACGGGGGCCCGCCGGUGCCCCUAAGGGUCAUGGUCUGGGACACGGCUGCCGCAUGGCUGGUGCCUGCCGUACAGCGGUUCUCAGCUUUGUACGACAUACCCGUGGGCCUCGACCAGCAGCCCUAUGAAGCGCAGCUGCAGGCCAUGCGUUGGGAUUUACAAGAGGCAAACGCCACAGCAGGCAUGGGUCUCAUGGAGCCGCCUCCCUUGCUGCCAGGCAGCCUCCAAGAUGCAGCCGCCACAGCGCCUCCCGACCCACCGCCGCAUGCACUUUCGCUGUACGCCUCAUCGUUCACGGAGCAGCUAGCUGACCAUGGCAUGCUGUUGGACAUGAGUGAGCUGGUCAGCAGGGCUCAGCUGCAGCUGGAUUGGGUGGAUGUAGCGCCGCCGUACCGCCUGCAGCUCUCCAUGGACGAGGGCAGGACCGUGGCAGUGCCGCUGGAUGCCCCCAUGCUGCACCUCCUCUACCGCAGCGAUGUGACGACGGCUCUUGGACUGACGCAGGUUGCCCAAACGUGGACUCAGCUAGUGCAGUUCUCUGUGACCUACGAGGCGCUUGCAGCCAGCGCCAACUUCAGCGCUGGCAGCGGGUCCCUGCCGCCCUACCCGAUCUGCAUUGCACGGGGACCAGGCUGCCGGCGGGAGGCUUACGUCCAGGCGGUGUGGUCGAGCAUAGCGCAGACCCAUGGGUCAACCCAGCCCACUCAUUUUGAUUCGGAAACCUUGGAGCCGCUGUUUAACACGCCCGCCACGCGUGCGGCCUUCCGCAUCCUUGCUCAGCUGCUGUCCGUCGCUGCGCCGCUGGAGCCCGAGGAGGCCUGCGAUCACGGGAGCCUUGCAUUUGCACGCGGGCGGUGUGCGCUGGCGCUCGCGGCGUUUGUUCCUCAGAUGAAGCUGCUAUCCCAGCACAAUGCGUCUGAGGUGAUGCUGGUGGGAGCCGUACGAGCGGCACCCCUGCCGGGCUCGGAGCUCGUUUGGCAGCACACGGCAGGGAGCAACGUGUCCCAGGCCGCGCCGCUAGUCCCAUGCACGCCCAGCAGGUGCCCCCACGCAAUGCCCCUGGCAGCAAGCGGUGCGGAGGAAGCGGGGUCGGACAGCAGUGCAGCAUCGGUCGGCACUGCAAGCAGCAGUGCAGGCGCAGUGCCGGGGAUGCUCGUGAACCGCGCGCCGCAGGCGAUAACCGCUUCGUUGGUUGGCAGCAUCAACAGCAGGGCACCCUUCCUCGUCAAGUUGGUGGCCUUUGAGCUGCUGUCGUACCUGGCCUCGCCUGAGCGCUUCUCGGACGGCGAGCCAGGCCAGUCGCCGCUGCAGUACGUCCUACCCCCGCGGGGGAAGCUGCUGCAGCCCCGCGCACUGGAUCUCUGGCAGGCGGCCGGGUACGACAGAGCUGCCGUACAAGACGCCUUGCCGCUGCUGUACGACAGUAUGCAGCAGCCCAACCUGGCGUGGGGUCUGCGGAUGGAUGGACAGACGGUGUACAAUAAACUGAUUGGAGACACCCUGGCGGCCAUCGAGGCUGGCAACAUCACUGUCCGCCCCUGGGUCGAGCUACCCAAUGCAACCAGUACCAACAGCUCUACGACCCAGUUGCAGCUACAGCAGCAGCAGCAGCAGCAAAGUAGCACACCGCUUUACACGGCUCUCGCGGCCGGUCAGACGGCGCUAGCAGCGGCCUACCCUCCGCAGACUUCCCUGGGCGCGUACAAGGGCUCGCUCACCCCGUGGACUGGAAACUGGCGACGAGCGCCUCCUGCGCCCCCCGGCACUCCGGCAGCAGCACCGGCGGGUUCCAGCGGCGGUAGGUUGAGGCGCGGCCUGCUGCCCGUGCUGCUGGGUGUGCUGCUGCCCGUUGCCAUCGCGGGUCUGGGCGCCGCAGCCUGGCACCGCACCCGCCGGAGGGGCUCCGCGGCCUCCAGUUUCCGGGGACCCAAGCGCAGGACCUACGUGCCUGCGCCCGGCGUCAAAGUGGCUCUGUGCGUGACGGAUAUCCAGGACUCCACCACGCUGUGGGAGUGCCUGCCGGCCGACGUCGUCGCAAAGGCAGUGGACAUCCACCACCGCUGCGUACGGCGACUGGCGCUGCGGCACGGCGGCUACGAGAGCGCAACUGAGGGCGACUCGUUCAUCCUGGCCUUCGAAGACGUGCGCGCCGCUGUCGCCUUUGCGCUCGACCUGCAGGCUCGCUUGCUGGACGGAGCUCCCUGGCCCAAGCAGCUGCUGCGACAGGAGGUUUGCCAGCCCGUCUUCACCCACCUGCCGGCGGGGUUCCCCUUCAACCAGGCCGGCCUGCAUGCGGCCGUGUCCUCACGCUUCCGACGGGCCUCCGCCACCACUCCCUUGGCGCCGCUUGACGAGCAGCUCUUGCGGGGCGGCGGCGGCGGCGGAGAGGGCAGCCCGGCUGCUUCGCGGUUGCGGCAUGACAGCUUGGUUGACCGGAGCCAGGGAGGGGCGCUGCCGGUGGGGCAGGUAGCCAGCUGCCGGCUGGGCAGCAGGCAGGUGUCGCGGCCUUGGGAGUCGUCACCCUUGGGCGGGCAGUUCCUGCCGGGUCGCAGUCUAGCGCACUUGAUGCAUGCGCCGUCAGCUGCGGGUUCGUUGGGGGGAGGAGCAGCAGCAGGAGCGCUGGCGGCGGCGGCUUCCCUGCCGUUGAGCGUUGCGGUCGCGGAGUCCACGGCCGCCGCCAACGUGGCAUCGCAGAAUCCAGACGCGUUAAACAUGGGCGGGGGCUACUCCUGUGGGGGUGUGGAGGAGGCGGAUGGCAGCAUGAGCGCUAGGCCGUCGCACCGGCUGCCGUCGGAAUUGGCGCCCUGGCAGCUGUACCGCAGGAGUAGCGGCUGUGGGCCGUCGGAGAUAACCUUUGGUAGUGGCGUGUACUCUGUGUCGCGCUCCCGGCGGCCGACUGCUGCGGAAACACAGAUGGGCGAGGGGGCCCAGCCUCACGCGCAGCGAGCGCCCUCUGAGGUGCAGUUUGAGGUGGAGAUGAGCGGCUCGCUGUCUCGCUGCAACGAGAGCCUGUUGUUGGGUGCAGGCGGGCUGUCACCGCACAUGGAUAGCUUCUGUGACGUGCUGGAUGGUGGGAUCGCGAGCGGAGAAGGAAUCGAUUCCAGGCUGUGGGAUGAAGGCGAGGGUGAGGCGCUGAGCUUUGCUGGGAUUGCCGGACAGCCGCCGACUGACAUCGCGGCGUUUUUCGGAGUGGAUGCGGGGGCGGCCGCUGGAGAGGCGGCUUGCAAGACGUUCCUGGAGGUGCUCCAGGAAGCGGUGGCGAGCGGACGGGAGCAGCAGCAGCAGCAACAAGAACAGCAGCUUUGCCAUCACCAGCAGCAGCUACAGCUCUUGUUUAGGGGUCUGCGCGUGCGAGUGGGUAUCUCUGUUGCCGUACCCACUGACGCCGAGUUGCGGUACAACGCCGCUGCCGCACGCAUGGUGUACGGCGGCGCCUGUGUGGCUGCAUGCAAGGCGCUCGCGGACCUGGCGCACGGCGGGCAGGUAUUCCUGAGUGCGGCAGCGCACCGGGCGCUAGCACUGGAGAACCAGGGCAGCGGCGGCAGGCUGCCGGGCACGAUGGUGUUGCAAGUUGGCAUCCUGGAGUGCCCCGGCCCGCCAGCGGAGCCUGCACUCCGACCGGCACCCACCGCGUUGUCCGCCGUCGUCCACUCCCCGACGGACAGUUCGCACCGCAGCGGCGGCGGCAGACCUGGAGGAGGCAGCGGCGGCGGCGGCGGCGGCUCCUCGGGUCACGACACCAGCCAGCGCGACUCUCCCAGCACAGAGCCGCAGGCGCUACAAGACACCAUGACCACCACCUCCUUUGGGGCCCCCACCCAGCAGCGCAGUGCCAACCUGCAGCCUGCAGCCACCCACUCCCGGCAGCGCCUGACCCCCCAUCAAUCACAACCGCAUCAAUCCCAUGCGCCUGCACCACAGCCGCGCAAGCAGCAAUCCCACCAUGUCUUCUCCUCGGCAGCUUGUGAGCUGCUAGGCAUGGAGCCCGUGUACUGGGUAACCAGCUGCGCGCUCUCGCAGCGCAUGGCGUUCGUGCCGCCGCCACGUUUCCGUCCGGAGAAGCCCCCCGUGCAGGACGUGUACCAGGCGCCGCUGGGCCGCGUGUCGUACCUCGUACUGCGGGUGCCGGCGAUUCCCAUGUUGCUGCGCUGGAACGCAGCGGUGGCGAGCGAGUCGCUGCGGCUGCUGAUGCGGACUGCCACGUCAGAGCUGCGGAGGGUGCCUGGGGCGUACCUGGUCUCCGCCACUCCCAGCGAAGUGCGUGUGGCCUUUCCCGGCCCCGCGCUUGCGGUCAGCUGGGCCCUCCACCUCCGCGCUGCGCUGCUUGCCGCACCCUGGCCCGCUGAGCUGCUGCUGCACGAGGCGGGGGAGCCCGUGGAGACCUACGACGAGGGGCCCGAGGGCGCGGGCAGCCAGCCGGCCUCGGACCCCGCCACUCCCAGGAGCAACAGGGGCUCGGCUGCGUUGUUGGCUCGGGUAAGCUCGAGGAUGCCCUGGGGUGGUGUUGCCGCUCGUCGGGGGAGCCUGCCGGGGGCGGCAGCGGCGGCGUGGGAGGCGGUGCUGUCGCGUGCGUCGGUUCGGGCGCAUGGACAGCCGCGUCAGCAGCAUCGCAGGCAUGGGUCACGAGAGGGCAUGUCGCCUCUCUCCUCUCGUGCGGAGCUGCACCUGUCCACGGAAAGCGGCGACGAUGACGCAGAUGCUCUCGAGCCCCUAGGCCGCAUCGCCGCCUCCACACCCCUCCGUCGCUACCGCCACUCCAUAGAGGGCGGCGUGCCAUCCCCCUCCGCGAACUACCGGCCCCGCUCCAGAGAUGUUUCCGCCACGGGAGACGGCGGCGCAGGCCUGAUCCUAGGCGAGGAAGAGACGCAGGCACUAGCGCAGCUCGCCUCGCAUUUUGGUAGCCCCUCCGCGGCAAGCCUGCAUGGGCACGGUAGCAGGAGCCGAGGCCGCAGCAACACUGGAAACGGCAUCCUCGCAACGACUGAUACCCUGGCGGGUGGCGGCACGGCCUCUGGCAGGCGCAGGUCGGCCCUGUCGGUUGGCCGACGCUCCAUAGACAUGACCGUGCUGGAUUCCUCGAGGACGUUCCGCUCGGUGUGGCAACAGCAACAACACGCAACGCCAGCCUCCUCCCCGCCUCCACUGGCAAGCGCAGCGGCGCCUUCCCCUCGCUCCCUGUUGUUAGCAUCUAUAUGCCAGCGGUCCGAGGGACCCCUGCAUGCGCGCGACGCGGCCGGCUGUGCGGGCGUCGCCGGUCGCGCGGCUGCAACGUCCUACCCUGCUAGCCCUAUCGCACCGCUUGCGCUGGCAGCGGCAGCAAGCAACGGCCGUGGCGACGCGGAUUCCAACAGCGUGGGGCGCAAUGGGGGCCCCGAAUGCUCUGCUUCAAGCCAGGCCACCGCAGCCGGUGUGCAGUCAGGAGGCGGCGGCGGCGGCAGCGGCGUCUUUAUGUCUGAGCCGCGGCAAAGGCAGCGGGCUCAAUCAGUGGGCGGGCCUCCCUGCCGCCCGCAAUUCGGCGGGCAGCCUUGGGUAACAGAAGCUUCCCCACCCGCCUCGGAACGUGGAGGUAGUGGCGUCAUGCGUGGGGAGUUGCCAGCGAUCUUCCCGGGUGCAGAGCCAUCCUCCGGGUUCCUAGAUGGUGGGGAGGCUCACGCCGCCACGGGUGGUCGUGACGGGGAUGGGUCGGGUGGCGGUGCAGCAGUGCAUGCGACAGGGGCGGUGCCGGUGCCACCGCGGCGCAGCAGCACGGUGCAGCCCGCUCCGCACGGCGCCUCGGAGCUGGCGUCCGCCGUGUCGGCGCCGAUUCCCGCGCUCCCAUGGCGCAUGGCCGUUUCUGGUUUUGCUGCCAUGGCGCGCCAGCAAGACACAGCUGCUAGACCCCGGCUGCUUCUCCGGGGCCUAAGGAUCCAUGUGGGCAUUGCGACCGGCGUGGUGGGCUGGACGGUCAGCAGCAAGGCCCACUCGCUGGCCUACACGGGCAGGGCUGUGACCAAGGCCUGUCGGCUCGCGGCGGCUGCCUCCAGCGGCCAGGUCCUGUGCGACGCGGCCACUCAGCAAGGCAUCCUAGCAGCGCAGAGGCAGCACCACAGGCAGCAGCGGAUGAACAGGGCUCUCUCGCUGGCGGCCGCGGCGGGCUCGCCGCUGCUGCUGAACUCCAUGCGCAUGCGUCGCGCGUCCUCGCGAUCCGUGCAGCAGCAGGCGGAACUGCAGCUCUCGCAGCGGUUGCAGCGCGUGCAAGCCGAGACCACCCCGCCCCCGGCGAUGUGCACCGCCGCGGCGGCAGCUGAGGGGGGUGCGGAGGGGCCGCAACAGCAGCUGCAUGCUGCCACAGCUGCGCUGGAUCUGCGGUUGGUUCCAUUUGUGCCGCCGGGAGCAUCGCGUCUGAGCAUAAGACCUGUGGAGAGCAUGUACCUUUGCGCGUUCGAGUCCGACACCGCCCCUCAGCUCCCCCGCCUGGCGCACGCCCUGACACCGCCCAGUCCCUUUGCAACACCCACCCCGCGUGUGCAGUCGCACGCUCGGCUGCCACCCUCCUUCAAGUCCUGCCCCGCUCCCCAGCCGCCGCAGCCGGGCACCGCAGACGCAGGAGCAGCACCCGCCAGCGCCCCGACCCUCUCACCUGCCCUGCCCACGCAUCGCCCUCGCGCCUUCAGCGCCCUCAGCAUCUCCCCCCCUCAGCCCAUGAGCGCCUUCCGAGUACACUCCGAGGCAGGGGCAGCUCCGUCGCCCGCGGGGGUUCCACGCACCCCACGUUCCCCCAUGAGCCGCCUGCCGAGCUCGACACCUGGUUGGGCGGCGACCUCACGUGGCGCCGGCGCGACCUCAUGUCCCGGCUUGGCUCCGCCUUCCGAUGGCAGCGUCUACGUACCCUCAUCCAUGGGGCAAUACGCGGAGCGAGGGACGGGCAGCUUGGCUCUGUCGCUGCCCACAGGCGAUGGCAUGUGCCGCCAGGGCUGUUGCUCUCAUGCCGCAGGAGCCUGCAGUGAGUGCUACGGCGGUGCUACCACCACAAGCGGCACGUUCGCUUCGAGUGGCUCAGGACUUGCAGUCGGCAGCUUAACACAGCCUGCCGUGGCACGGCUGUCUCCGUCGCAGCGGUUUCGGAGCUCGGCAGCGGAUCCACCGUACCUGCCGUACAUUGUAUGCGAGCGAGUGGAUGAGGAGGAUGAGGCCUCGGAUGACGCCAGUAGCGGUGACUAUGGGGGCGAUGAUGACCUAGUCUGCAGCAGCAGUGCCUCACGACGGCUUCAGUGUUACGAGGCUAGCGGCUUGGGCGAGUUGCAAAAGGUCCAGCAAGAGACCCAUGGGUCGGAGCAUGCUGGCAUGGUGACCCGUGGGUCGGUUUCUAGAAGCACAUCCUUGGCAAAGCUGCCCCUGCAGCAGCAUUUGGCCCACAUGCAGUCCUCCGAGACAAGCAACGCAGGAGAGGUUCUCCCGGCCACGGUAGAGAGGGUCCCGGAGCAGGAUUGUGAUCGGGAGAUAGAGCCGGAAGACUUGUGGCCCCAAGAAGCCUUCACCGCGCGGUACGGCAGCCAAGAGGCGCCUUCAGCCAGCAUCUUCAAACAGCGGCAAUCCUCGCAGGGCAGAUCCAGGGAAGCUACGGGCAGGCUGGUUAGCGUGGAGCUCUCGCAUGCGGGUUCGCUUGCUGACCUGCUGGCGGCCAACUCCAACUCGCAUGCGUUGCCCACCUCACCAGGGGCCCCAACCCUGCUGGCCCCCGCAACCACCACGCCGCGACGGCCGCACGCCCUACCCCAACCUCAGGAGCACGCACCCCGGCCACGCACCUCCGUGGGCAGUCUAAUUGCCGGCUACGGCAGUGUUCCGGGCACAGAGGACAGCAGUGUCUCCUUCACUCCAAUCCUCGAGGGAGGAGAUCCUCGCCUGCUACACGCCAGCCGGCACUUUUUCGAUUCGGUCGGCGCCGAGGGUGCGAGCUGCUCGCUGGUGUUUGAGCGCCAGCAGAGCCGAGGCCGCGACAGUCCCUCGCUGCUUGCACAGCUGCACACACAACCCGGCCACCCACAGCACUUGUUGUCGGGUGGGGCGCCGACGCUGCGGCCGGUGUCUCCGGCGCUGUUGGUGCACCUGGGCAGCAGCAACGGACGCCCCGGCAGCGGCCAUGUCAACCCGCCAACGCUGUCGGCGCUUGCUCAGUUGGCAUCCUCAGCCUCCUCGGGACAGCGAAGUGACAUGUCUGGUUCUUUGCCGCUGCUGGCGACUCGCGUGUAUCCGGAGGGCGUUGCGGUGGCAGCAUCGGCGCUUCAGGGCAGCGGCGGCGGUAAUGGUGUCGUUUAAGCCUCGUGUGAGCUUGUGCGCGUGUUUGUUGGUGCCUUGGGGGCUUCUUCGCACGCGGCGUCAUGAGGAAAGAGUAUUGCGAUUGGGGCGCUAGGAAGAAAACCACAACAACCCUGUCGGAUUUGUUCAUAUGGAACUCAUGAACUUGUUCCAAUACCCGAUGUCGCAGAUGAUGCGGAAAUGGCUCGGGUUUAGACAAGAAGUCGGGAUUUUUUGCGUUCUUACCCAUGUCCGCUUGCAUGGACGGAAUAGCAGUGGCACUGCAAUGCAAAUGUUUCCUUCGUGCCUUCUGUUGCUGGGCCGGAAGGGGGUUGGGUCCGCGUACUUGCAGCCGUCAUGUAUGUGGGAAGCGCUUUCUGUCCUGAAAUACUCUAAAGAAAUACUUCAACCCGCCUAAACUCUAGGCAUCUUCAAAAAACGUGCGGUACUUAGCAAAGUCAUGUAGCAAAGUGAUGUACACCCUGGUCAUUGUGAUUGCUUGAUAUUAUGUGUGUGAAUUCCGCUUACAUUACAGCCUCCUAUGUUGCAUCAGCGUGUAACAAGUAACGCAGGUUUGAGAGGUCAUGCGCUUAGGGCGUGGCGGGGGAAUCCGUGUGUCCUUGUCACUUAUUCUAAUAUACCUGCAAUGUUAGCAGGGUUGUUGCGGUUUUGGGAACGCCUGGUGAAGGGAUGCUUGUGAUGCCGCCUUGCUUCCUCUAACAAGCGUGAUGAGCUGAUGAUGCUGAUGAUUGAAACGCGUGUGUGCCCUUGCGAUGCAAAGCACGAGGCCUCGUGGAACGAAGCGCUUCUAUCUUCUUCCUAUAACUACUGAUUGGUAUCCCGCAUGCUGCCACGCGGAUUCAACUGCGAUGCGUUACUCACCUGAUGAGCGCCGCCGACUCUCUCGACACCUGCCCCUCGCAAGUUGUACCCUCCCGGCUGGUUAGGCGUUGCAGUGGCUAUGGCUAGGGUUUCGCGCGCAUGUAGUGCUAGAGAGACGGCUGGCAGUCGCUUUCUGGGACUUGCUUCUCGAACAUCUUUAGUGGCAUCAGGCGGCAUGGCGUAGCGUGGUCGGAUGUGCACAUGCGCACACCCCAGGCUCAUGGGCUUGCGCUUCCUGGAUGUAUAUAGCCAUGCACCGAUGCACGCGCUUGCCAGUCUAGGCUUGCUGCUGCUGGUGGUUUAGAAGCAUUGUUUGUGGUGGUGGUGAUGGCCGCUGUUGCAGUGGAUGUAUCCUGUGAAGGGUCUGAAUGCAGGUGAGGCAGUGGGUGGUAACUGCUUAAGCGAUCUACUGCCGCUUCUCACUGUUUCUAGAGGGCUAUACUGGCGGCCCUGAUAGUGCCUAAUUAGGUCCGGUUAGCAGCAUGGCAGAAGGGGGUUCAAAGGAUCUCUUGCCAUGCUCAGCAGUGUUGGGGCUCGUGUACCCGUUGUGAUACGCCUGAGCAUGCAUCCUUGCGCUAUUUCCACUUACCUCCGCCAUAUGGUUCCUUGCAUCGAGUGUUGCAACAUGGGCAUGCAUGGCUUUUUGACACUGGCUUGGGUGGUUUUACCCCAUGGUCUGUGUUUAGCUGCUAGGGUGGUAGAAGGUUGCGUAAAGUUACGUUUAGUCAAACCCUUGUAUCCUCCGAACUUUGCCAAAAUGGCAAAGCAUUGACA